AUCUUAUGCUACCUAGGCUUUUUUCGCCCACAAUUAGGGAUCGUCUCAAAAUGUUCGUACGUUUUUUUCGUAUAAUUAUACGAACGCUACGAAGUACUUCGUUUCGUGAAACGAAUGUCAUACGAAGUGCUUCGUUUAAAAUAAAAAAUAUAAACGAAGUUUAUACGAACUUUUUUAAUACAUGAUACGAACUUAAACGAAGUUUUUUUAUCAUACAAAAUAAAAUGAUACGAACUUUGAACGAAGUAAAUUGCUAUACGAUCUUGAAACGAACUUCAAAAGUACCGGCGUAAUAGCGCGUAAUUAUUUCAAUACAAAAUCAGAAACAAAAGAAUUAAACGAAGUUUUUUUGACAUAGGAAAAGAAAUGAUACGAACUUUAAACGAAGUAAAUUGCUAUACGAACUUAAAACGAACUUCAAAAGUACCGGCGUAAUUGCGCAUAAUUAUUUCAAUACGAAACCAGAAAUAAAAGAAGUAAAAUAUACGAUUUAUUUUAAUAGUUUCAACCAAACUUAAAUUUAAUAUCAAGCAUUUGUAUUUCCUUUUUAAAAUAUCGAAUUUAAUUAAAUUAAACAGUUUUUUUUAAAACUAGCUACUUUCAUAGCAUGUCUAAAAAUUACGACAGUGAUAUCGAUUGGAUAUAUGACACAGCCAGUUCCGACGACGAGACUGAUUUGUUGCAAAAUAAAAAUAAAAGACGAGGAAGACCAAGCAUACACGAGAAAUAUCCGGAAAUAAUUACUUGUGUCAAGACGUUGAUAGAACAGGGUUCUGCUGAAGCUUACUUACGUCGGAGAGACAGUGUUAUGUACACAAAUGGGCUUUCUUUGAAUGAUAUCGUUAUGCACGUCAAAAAAACCUUGGGUAUAACUGUUAGUCGCCACACCAUUCACAGAUUAAUGCUUCCACCCCGAAAAAAAAACACAGCGAGUAAAAACUACAAAUGUCUGAUAGACGCACGUGUUCCUCCAAAAAGAAAUACAAAAGAAAAAAAAACACACGACGACUUUCAUUUCACUUGCGGUCAAGUUCGCAUAGUUAACGAAAUGGGAUAUCUUUGCAAAGAAAUAAAACAGCAACUGCAAGCGUUGUAUACCGAGGAAGAGCUAGCGGUAGGAAGAAUACAAGGUGGUGUUCGAAAUUACCAAACAGGAGCGUUAAACACUUCUUCCCUCUCUCCGAAUCGUAUGAGUGUUAUAGUGCGUCAAGCAAAAAAACGGUACAGCGAUGAAUUUAUGGAAAUGAAAAAUUUAAAUGAAAUUGUGAACUCAAAAUGCAGACAAGUAAAACGAAAAUUAAUCGCCAAACAAAAAGCCAGAGACAAUGUUUAAUGUUUUUAAAAGUAUUUUAUCGUUGCGUUUUUAGAAAAAUUUGUAUAUAUUUUAACCACUGUUUGUAUAUAUUUUAGCAUAUUUUAGCACAGUUUGUAUAUAUAUUUUUAUUGCAAAAAAAGCAAAAAAACAAUAAAAAAAAUAGCAACUGAAAUUAUUUUUA